AUGGUAGAUCUUAAGAACCCUAGGUUUGUGGUUGGUUUGUGUUUCCCAAAUUCGGAGCAGUUGAAGGAGGCAAUCAGGGAGUAUGGUCUGGUAAACAGAAGAGGAAUUUGGUUUCAGAAAAACACAGUCAAGAAGAUUGAAGUUAAAUGUCAGUGGGGAUGUGAUUUUUGGUUGUAUGCUAGUGGGAUAGCUGACCUUAGGCCCAACACACUUGUCAUCAAGACUCUCAAAUGUGAGCACAAGAGUUCACAUAUUCAGUCCAGUCACCACCUAAACUACAAUAAGGUUGCUAAGGAGGCACAACAAGACCUCUUGGUUGAUGAAGAUUGGGGCAGAAAAGGGAUCCAGAACCACAUCCAGAAGAAGUUCAAUUUGGAUGUGAAUGUGCAGACCAUCUCAAGGGGAAAGAACAAAUCCAAAAUGAUGAAUGAGGGACACUAUGUUGAGCAGUACAACAAGCUGGCCAACUAUAAGAAGGAAUUACUGAGAAACAACCCAGGUUCAACAUUGGAGAUCAAGACCGAAAUGGUUGGGGACGUGAGGAGGUUUCACAGAAUGUAUGUGUGCUUGGUAGCUUGCAAGAAGGGCUGGAUGGAUGGCUGCAGGCUUUUAAUUGGGUUGGAUUGGUGUCAUAUUAAGGGCCACCACCUGGGCCAACUGUUAUGUGUUGUUGGGAUAGAUGCAAACAAUGGGAUAUUCCCCAUUGCCUAUGCAAUAGCUAAGGUUGAGAACACUGAUUCAUGGAGGUGCUUUUUGAGGUACCUCAUGUGGGAUUUGAGGAUUGAGAGGGAUUCAACCUACACCUUCAUAACAGACAAGCAGAAAGGAUUGGGGAUUGCAAUAGCAAAGUUGUUUCCUAAUGCUGAACACAGGCACUGUGUUAGGCAUAUGUACAACAACUUCAAAGCAAAGCAUCUAGGAGAAGGCCUGAAACAGCUAGUUUGGGAUGCAGCAAGAUCAAGUACAAAAGUGUGGUUCAAAAGGCAUAUGGAUGAGAUGCAGCAGCUGGAUCCACAAGCAUGGCAGUGGUUUCAAGAUAAGAAUCCAGCUCAAUGGAGUAGAGCAUACUUCAGAGAAGAUGGGAGGUGUGAUAUAUUGCUGAAUAACCUCUGUGAGUCAUUUAAUGCAGCUAUUAUUCCUGCUAGGGAUAAGCCAAUAUUGACUAUGCUUGAGAAGAUAAGGAUGGACUUGAUGGUUACGAUGGCUAAUAGAAGAGUUGCAGUUCAGGGUUGGAAAGAUAUGGUUGGCUCUAGGAUUAAGAAGAUUAUGGAUAAGGUGGCAGAGAGAACUUCAUGUUAUAGAGCAUGGAGUAGUGGUGAAUUUGAGUUUCAAAUUACUGGAGGGGGAGAUAAUGGCAGCAAACAUGCUGUGGACUUGAGGCUUCACACAUGUACAUGUAGGAGGUGGCAAUUGAGUGGCAUACCUUGUGGUCAUGCCAUAUGUGCCAUUAGAAGCAAGAAAGCAGAACCUGCCCUAUUUUGUGAUGACUACUUGAUGCCUUCUAGUUAG